UCUAUUCCACAUUUCUACUCCCAUUUUGUAGGGGAAAUUAAAGCACUGAGCCUUUAAAUGACUAAAGCCACACAGCUAGUGAUAGGAGCAAAGAUUUAAUCCAGAAUGUGUGACUCCAUGAUUUUUAUCUCAGCUACUCUACUGUACUGCCAUCAUACAUUUUCUGAAAACUAUUUUUUUAAAAAUGUUUUUCUUUGUUGUUUUUCUUGGGAGGGCGGUAAUUCAGUUUAUUUAUUGAAAUUGAGGUACUGGAGAUUGAACCCAGGACCUCUUGCAUGCUAAGCACACACCCUAUCGCUGAGCUAUACCCUCCCCCCAGAAACUCUAAUUUUAAUUCAGACAUAGUUUCAGUGAUUUACCUAACAAAUCGUUGAUUUGUAAUGUAACAUUGUUCAUUUUAAUAUAUUUAGUAGAAUUCUUUUUCUGUAUGCUGCAAGAUGUAAAUCUUAGCAAAUAGCAAAUGAGAUGUAAUUUAUUACUCACCCACCCACCUCCACUAUAUCGUGUUAAUCUUUCUGUCGUGUGGACCUCCCCCACCCUAACCUAUUAUGCUUGUCAGCUUCCAUCAGCUUCAGUGGGUUGCCAGGAGAUAGAGCCGGUGAGGGCAUAUCCACCAACUAGGUGCGGGCUAGGGCUCCGAGCUGUGCGGCGGGGCGGGGCCCUAUGCACUGCUGCGAAGUGCGGGUCGGAAGCCGAGCGUGAAGCAGCUGUGUAAUCCGCUGGAUGCGGACCAGGGCGCUCCCAACUCCCGUCGGGCACCCGCUGAUUGGCUGGGCGUGGGCACACGUGACCGACAUGUGGCUGUAUUGGCGCAGCCCGCCUGGGUGUCACUGGAGACGGAAUGGAGGUGCUGCUGGGCUCGGAAAUGGGGAAGUACUUAAACAACUACAAGGAAGUAUUGAAGAUGAAGCGAUGGCUUCUUCUGGACAGAUUGAUUUAUUAGAGCGUCUCAAAGAACUUAACUUAGAUAGCAGUAACUUCCCUGGAGUGAAACUGCGGUCAAAAAUGUCCCUCCGUUCUUUUGGAAGCCGAGAAGGAUCUGUAUCUAGUCGUUCAGGAGAGUGCAGUCCUGUUCCUAUGGGUUCAUUUUCAAGAAGAGGGUUUGUAAAUGGAAGCAGAGAAAAUACCGGUUAUUUAGAAGAACUUGAAAAAGAGAGAUCAUUACUUCUUGCUGACCUUGACAAAGAAGAAAAGGAAAAAGACUGGUAUUACGCUCAACUGCAGAAUCUCACUAAAAGAAUAGAUAGUCUUCCUUUAACUGAAAAUUUUUCCUUACAAACGGAUAUGACCAGAAGGCAAUUGGAAUAUGAAGCAAGGCAAAUCAGAGUUGCAAUGGAAGAACAAUUAGGUACUUGCCAGGAUAUGGAAAAACGAGCCCAGCGAAGAAUAACCAGAAUUCAACAAAUAGAGAAGGACAUACUUCGUAUACGACAGCUUUUACAGUCCCAAGCAACAGAAGCAGAGAGGUCAUCUCAGAGCAAGCAUGAAGCUGGCUCACAUGAAGCUGAGCGGCAGAAUGAAGGUCAAGGAGUGGCAGAAAUCAACAUGGCAUCUUCGGGUAGCGGGCAGGGUUCAACUGCACGAAUAGAUUACGAAACAGCCAGUGUUUUGAGUUCUAGUAGCACGCACUCUGCUCCUCGAAGACUGACAAGUCAUCUGGGAACCAAGGUGGAAAUGGUGUAUUCAUUGUUGUCAAUGCUUGGUACUCAUGAUAAGGAUGAUAUGUCGCGAACUUUGCUAGCUAUGUCUAGCUCCCAAGACAGCUGUAUAUCCAUGCGACAGUCUGGAUGUCUUCCUCUCCUCAUCCAGCUUUUACAUGGCAAUGACAAAGACUCUGUGUUGUUGGGAAAUUCCCGGGGCAGUAAAGAGGCUCGGGCCAGGGCCAGUGCAGCACUCCACAACAUCAUUCACUCACAGCCUGAUGACAAGAGAGGCAGGCGUGAAAUCCGAGUCCUUCAUCUUUUGGAACAGAUACGAGCUUACUGUGAAACCUGUUGGGAGUGGCAGGAAGCCCAUGAACAAGGCAUGGACCAGGACAAAAAUCCAAUGCCAGCUCCUGUUGAACAUCAAAUCUGUCCUGCUGUGUGUGUUCUAAUGAAACUUUCAUUUGAUGAAGAGCAUAGACAUGCAAUGAAUGAACUUGGUAGGAAGGCUCCCCGGGGCAUUUCAUCACAGGAGCUAGGGCAGGGGCUUUCAGGGGGACUACAGGCCAUUGCAGAAUUAUUGCAAGUGGACUGUGAAAUGUAUGGGCUUACUAAUGACCACUACAGUAUUACUUUAAGACGGUAUGCAGGAAUGGCUUUGACAAACUUGACCUUUGGAGAUGUAGCCAACAAGGCUACGCUAUGCUCUAUGAAAGGCUGCAUGAGAGCACUUGUGGCCCAACUAAAAUCUGAAAGUGAGGACUUACAGCAGGUUAUUGCAAGUGUUUUGAGGAAUUUGUCUUGGAGAGCAGAUGUAAAUAGUAAAAAGACAUUGCGUGAAGUUGGAAGUGUGAAAGCAUUGAUGGAAUGUGCUUUGGAAGUGAAAAAGGAAUCAACCCUCAAAAGCGUAUUGAGUGCCUUAUGGAAUUUGUCAGCACAUUGCACUGAGAAUAAAGCUGAUAUAUGUGCCGUAGAUGGCGCACUUGCAUUUUUGGUUGGCACUCUCACUUACCGGAGCCAGACAAAUACCUUAGCCAUUAUUGAAAGUGGAGGUGGGAUAUUACGGAAUGUGUCCAGCUUGAUAGCUACAAAUGAAGACCACAGGCAAAUCCUAAGAGAGAACAAUUGCUUACAAACCUUAUUACAACAUUUGAAAUCUCACAGCCUGACAAUAGUCAGUAAUGCAUGUGGAACCUUGUGGAAUCUCUCAGCAAGAAAUCCUAAAGACCAGGAAGCGUUAUGGGACAUGGGGGCAGUCAGCAUGCUCAAGAACCUCAUUCAUUCCAAGCACAAAAUGAUUGCUAUGGGAAGCGCCGCAGCUUUAAGGAAUCUCAUGGCAAACAGGCCUGCAAAGUAUAAGGAUGCCAAUAUCAUGUCUCCUGGCUCAAGCUUGCCUUCUCUUCAUGUCAGGAAACAAAAAGCCCUAGAAGCAGAAUUAGAUGCUCAGCACUUAUCAGAAACCUUUGACAAUAUUGACAAUUUAAGUCCCAAGGCAUCUCAUCGUAGUAAACAAAGACACAAGCAGAGUCUCUAUGGGGACUACGUUUUUGACACCAAUCGACAUGAUGAUAAUAGGUCAGACAACUUUAAUGCUGGGAACAUGACUGUCCUGUCACCAUACUUAAAUACCACAGUGUUGCCCAGCUCCUCUUCAUCAAGGGGAAGUUUAGAUAGUUCUCGUUCUGAGAAAGAUAGAAGUUUGGAGAGAGAACGAGGUAUUGGCCUCGGCAGCUACCACCCAGCAACAGAAAAUCCAGGAACCUCGUCAAAGCGAGGUUUGCAGAUUUCCACCACUGCAGCUCAGAUUGCCAAAGUCAUGGAAGAAGUAUCAGCCAUUCAUACCUCCCAGGAAGACAGAAGUUCUGGGUCUACCACCGAAUUACACUGUGGGACAGAUGAGAGGAAUGCACUGAGAAGAAGCUCUACUGCCCACGCACAUGCAAACACUUACAACUUCACCAAGUCAGAAAAUUCAAACAGGACAUGUCCAAUGCCGUAUGCCAAAGUAGAAUAUAAGAGGUCUUCAAAUGACAGUUUAAAUAGUGUCAGUAGUAGUGAUGGUUAUGGUAAACGAGGUCAGAUGAAACCUUCAAUUGAAUCCUAUUCUGAAGAUGAUGAAAGUAAGUUUUGCAGCUAUGGUCAAUAUCCAGCUGACCUAGCCCAUAAAAUACAUAGUGCAAAUCAUAUGGAUGAUAAUGAUGGAGAACUAGAUACACCAAUAAAUUAUAGUCUUAAGUAUUCAGAUGAACAGUUGAACUCUGGAAGGCAAAGUCCCUCACAGAAUGAAAGAUGGGCAAGACCCAAACAUAUAAUAGAAGAUGAAAUAAAGCAAAAUGAGCAAAGACAAUCAAGGAGUCAAAGCACAACUUAUCCUGUAUAUCCUGAGAGCACUGAUGAUAAACACCUCAAGUUCCAGCCACAUUAUGGACAGCAAGAAUGUGUUUCCCCAUAUCGGUCCAGAGCAGCCAAUGGUUCAGAAACAAAUCGAGUAGGUUCCAAUCAUGGAAUUAAUCAAAAUGUCAACCAGUCUUUGUGCCAGGAAGAUGACUAUGAAGAUGAUAAGCCAACCAACUAUAGUGAACGUUACUCUGAGGAAGAGCAGCAUGAGGAGGAGGAGAGACCAACCAAUUACAGCAUCAAAUAUAAUGAAGAAAAACAUCACGUGGAUCAACCUAUUGAUUAUAGUUUAAAAUAUGCCACAGACAUUCCUUCUUCACAGAAACCAGCAUUUUCAUUCUCAAAGAAUUCAUCUGGACAGAGCACCAAGACUGAACACAUCUCUUCGAGCAGUGAGAAUACAUCCACACCUUCAUCUAACGCCAAGAGGCAGAACCAGCUCCAUCCAAGUUCAGCCCAGAGCAGAAGUGGUCAGACCCAAAAAGCCACCUCCUCCUCUUGCAAAGUUCCCUCUAUCAACCAAGAAACAAUACAGACGUACUGUGUUGAAGAUACCCCAAUUUGUUUUUCACGAUGUAGUUCAUUAUCAUCUUUGUCAUCAGCUGAAGAUGAAAUCGGGUGUGAUCAGACAACACAGGAAACAGAUUCUGCUAAUACUCUACAAAUAGCAGAAAUAAAGGAAAACAGUGGAACUAGAUCAGCUGAAGAUUCUGUGAGUGAAGUUCCAACAGCGUCACAGCACAUUAGAACCAAAUCCAGCAGACUCCAGGCUUCUGGUUUAUCUUCAGAAUCAACCAGGCACAAAGCUGUUGAAUUUUCUUCAGGGGCCAAAUCUCCAUCAAAGAGUGGUGCUCAGACACCUAAAAGUCCACCGGAGCACUACGUUCAGGAGACUCCACUCAUGUUUAGCAGAUGUACGUCUGUCAGUUCACUUGAUAGUUUUGAGAGCCGUUCGAUUGCCAGCUCUGUUCAGAGUGAACCCUGCAGUGGAAUGGUGAGUGGCAUUAUAAGCCCCAGUGACCUUCCAGAUAGCCCUGGACAAACCAUGCCACCCAGCAGAAGUAAAACCCCUCCUCCCCCUCCCCCUCCAACAGUUCAAACUAAGCAAGAAGUACCUAAAAAUAAGGCACCUAGCACUGAAAAGAGAGAAGGUGGACCUAAGCAAGCCGCUGUAAAUGCUGCAGUGCAGCGGGUCCAGGUUCUUCCAGAUGCUGAUACUUUGUUACAUUUUGCAACAGAAAGUACUCCAGAUGGAUUUUCUUGUUCAUCUAGCCUGAGUGCUCUGAGCCUCGAUGAGCCAUUCAUUCAGAAAGAUGUGGAAUUAAGAAUCAUGCCUCCAGUUCAGGAAAAUGACAAUGGGAAUGAAACAGAAAACGAGCAGCCUGAAGAAUCAAAUGAAAACCAGGAAAAAGAGGCAGAAAAACCCACUGAUUCUGAAAAAGAUCUAUUAGAUGAUUCAGAUGACGAUGAUAUUGAAAUACUAGAAGAGUGCAUUAUUUCUGCCAUGCCGACAAAAUCUUCACGCAAAGCCAAAAAGCCAGCCCAGACUGCUUCAAAAUUACCUCCCCCAGUGGCACGGAAACCAAGUCAGCUGCCUGUGUACAAACUUCUGCCAUCACAGAACAGGUUACAAGCACAAAAGCAUGUUAGCUUUACACCAGGAGAUGAUAUGCCACGGGUGUACUGUGUAGAAGGGACACCGAUAAACUUCUCCACAGCUACAUCUCUGAGUGAUCUAACAAUAGAAUCCCCUCCAAAUGAGUUAGCUGCUGGAGAAGGGGUUAGAGCAGGGGCACAGUCGGGUGAAUUUGAAAAACGAGAUACCAUUCCUACAGAAGGCAGAAGUACAGAUGAGGCUCAGAGAGGGAAAGCCUCAUCUGUAGCUGUACCUGAACUGGAUGAUAAUAAAACAGAAGAAGGUGACAUUCUUGCAGAAUGCAUUAAUUCUGCUAUGCCCAAGGGGAAAAGUCACAAGCCUUUCCGUGUGAAAAAAAUAAUGGACCAGGUCCAACAAGCAUCUGUGUCUUCAUCCGGAACUAACAAAAAUCAAUUAGAUGGUAAGAAAAAGAAACCUACUUCACCAGUAAAACCUAUGCCACAAAAUACUGAAUACAGGACACGUGUAAGGAAAAGUACAGACUCAAAAAAUAAUUUAAAUGCUGAAAGAACUUUCUCAGACAACAAAGAUUCAAAGAAACAGAACUCGAAAAAUAAUUCCAAGGACUUCAAUGAUAAGCUACCAAAUAAUGAAGAUAGAGUCAGAGGAAGUUUUACUUUUGAUUCACCACAUCAUUACACACCUAUUGAAGGCACUCCGUACUGUUUUUCACGAAAUGAUUCCUUGAGUUCUCUAGAUUUUGAUGAUGAUGAUGUUGACCUUUCCAGGGAAAAGGCUGAAUUAAGAAAAGGGAAAGAAAAUAAGGAAUCAGAAGCUAAAGUUACCAGCCACACAGAACUAACCUCAAACCAACAGUCAGCUAGUAAGACACAAGCUGUUACAAAACAUCCAAUAAAUCGAGGUCAGUCUAAACCUGUCCUGCAGAAGCAAUCUACGUUUCCCCAGUCCUCCAAAGAUAUACCAGACAGAGGGGCAGCAACUGAUGAGAAACUACAGAAUUUUGCUAUUGAAAAUACUCCAGUUUGCUUUUCUCGAAAUUCCUCUCUGAGUUCUCUGAGUGACAUUGAUCAAGAAAACAACAACAACAAGGAAAAUGAACCUAUCAAAGAGACAGAGCCCCCUGACUCACAGGGAGAACCAAGUAAACCCCAGGCAUCAGGUUAUGCUCCAAAAUCAUUUCACGUCGAAGAUACCCCUGUUUGUUUCUCAAGAAACAGUUCUCUCAGUUCUCUGAGUAUUGAUUCUGAAGAUGACCUGUUGCAGGAAUGUAUAAGUUCUGCAAUGCCAAAAAAGAAAAAGCCUUCAAGACUCAAAGGUGAUAAUGAAAAGCAGAGUCCCAGAAAUGUGGGUGGCAUAUUAGCAGAAAAUUUGACACUUGAUUUGAAAGAUAUACAGAGACCAGAUUCAGAACAUGGUUUAUCCCCUGAUUCAGAAAAUUUUGAUUGGAAAGCUAUUCAGGAAGGUGCAAAUUCCAUAGUAAGCAGUUUACAUCAAGCUGCUGCCGCUGCGUGUUUAUCCAGACAAGCUUCGUCUGAUUCAGAUUCCAUCCUUUCACUGAAAUCAGGAAUCUCUCUGGGAUCACCAUUUCAUCUUACACCUGAUCAAGAAGAAAAACCCUUUACAAGUAAUAAAGGCCCACGAAUUCUAAAACCUGGGGAGAAAAGUACAUUGGAAACUAAAAAGAUCGAAUCUGAAAAUAAAGGGAUAAAAGGAGGGAAAAAAGUUUAUAAAAGUUUGAUUACUGGCAAAGUUCGAUCUAAUUCAGAAGUUUCAAGCCAAAUGAAGCAGCCCCUUCAAACAAACAUGCCUUCAAUCUCUCGAGGUAGGACAAUGAUUCAUAUUCCAGGAGUCCGGAAUAGCUCUUCAAGUACGAGUCCAGUUUCCAAAAAAGGCCCAUCCCUUAAGACUCCAGCCUCCAAAAGCCCUAGUGAAGGUCAGGCGGCUACCACUUCUCCCAGAGGAGCCAAGCCAUCAGUCAAGUCAGAAUUAAGCCCUGUUACCAGGCAGACGUCCCAAACAGCUGGGUCAAAUAAAGGGCCUUCUCGAUCAGGAUCCAGAGAUUCCACUCCUUCCAGACCCAACCAGCAGCCGCUAAGCAGACCUAUGCAGUCUCCAGGGCGAAACUCAAUUUCUCCUGGUAGAAAUGGAAUAAGUCCCCCUAACAAGUUAUCUCAGCUGCCACGGACGUCAUCCCCAAGCACUGCUUCAACUAAGUCCUCGGGUUCUGGGAAAAUGUCUUACACAUCCCCAGGCAGACAGAUGAGCCAGACAAACCUUACUAAACAAACGGGUUUAUCCAAGAAUGGUAGUAGUAUCCCAAGAAGUGAGUCUGCCUCCAAAGGGCUAAAUCAAAUGAGUAGCAGCAACGGAUCCAAUAAAAAGGUAGAACUUUCCAGAAUGUCUUCAACUAAAUCAAGUGGAAGUGAGUCUGAUAGGUCAGAGAGACCUGUAUUAGUACGCCAGUCAACUUUCAUCAAAGAAGCGCCAAGCCCGACCUUAAGGAGAAAAUUGGAGGAAUCUGCUUCAUUUGAAUCCCUUUCUCCAUCUUCUAGACCAGAUUCUCCCACUAGGUCCCAGGCACAGACUCCAGUUUUAAGUCCUUCUCUUCCUGAUAUGUCUUUGUCUACACACUCAUCUGUUCAGGCUGGUGGGUGGCGAAAACUCCCACCUAAUCUCAGCCCCACCAUAGAGUAUAAUGACGGGAGACCUGUAAAGCGCCAUGACAUAGCCCGCUCCCAUUCUGAAAGUCCUUCCAGACUUCCCAUUAACAGGUCAGGAACCUGGAAACGUGAGCACAGCAAACACUCAUCCUCCCUUCCUCGAGUAAGCACUUGGAGAAGAACUGGAAGUUCAUCCUCAAUUCUUUCUGCUUCAUCAGAAUCCAGUGAAAAAGCAAAAAGUGAAGAUGAAAAACAUGUGAACUCGAUUUCAGGAACCAAACAAACUAAAGAAAGCCAAGUAUCCACUAAAGGAACAUGGAGAAAAAUAAAAGAAAGUGAAAUUCCUCCCACAAGCAGUUCUCAGACCACUUCCUCAGGUGCUGCAAAUGGUGCUGAAUCAAAGGCUCUCAUUUAUCAAAUGGCGCCUGCUGUUUCUAAGACAGAGGAUGUUUGGGUGAGAAUUGAGGACUGUCCCAUUAACAACCCUAGAUCUGGAAGAUCUCCAACGGGAAAUACUCCCCCAGUGAUUGAUACUGUUUUGGAAAAGGGAAACCCAAACGCUAAAGAUUCAAAAGAUAAUCAGGGAAAACAAAAUGUGAGUAACGGUAGUGCUCCCGCGCGCACCGUGGGUUUGGAAAACCGCCUGAACUCCUUUAUUCAGGUAGAUGCCCCAGACCAAAAAGGAACUGAGACGAAAUUGGGACAAAGUAAUGUCCCUGCAUCAGAGACCAAUGAAAGUUCUCUCACUGAGCGCACCCCGUUUAGUUCUAGCAGCUCAAGCAAGCACAGUUCGCCAAGUGGGACUGUUGCUGCCAGAGUGACUCCUUUUAAUUACAACCCAAGCCCUAGGAAAAGCAGCGCAGAUAGCACUUCAGCCCGACCAUCUCAGAUCCCGACGCCAGUGAAUAACAACACAAAGAAACGAGAUUCAAAAGCUGACAACACAGAAUCCAGUGGAACUCAAAGUCCCAAACGCCAUUCCGGGUCUUACCUUGUGACGUCCGUUUAAACAGAGCUGGAAUAAUGAAACUAAGAAUGUGUUAUGUGUUAAUUACAACUGCUAUGUAGAAAUUUUGUUUCAAAUGAAACUUUAAAAGACUGAAAAUUUUGUAAAUAGGUUUGAUUCUUGUUAGAGGGUUUUUGUUCUGGAAGCCAUAUUUGAUAGUAUACUUUGUCUUCACUGGUCAUAUUUUGGGAGGCACUCUUGAUAGUUAGGAAGAAAAUGGUAAAGCCAAGUAUAUUUGUACAGUAUGUUUUACAUGUAUUUAAGUAGCAUCCCAUCCCAUCAUCCUUUAAUUAUUGCUUGUCUUAAAAUAAUUAACACUACAGAUAGAAGAUAUGAUAUAUUGCUGUUAUCAAUCAUUUCUAGAUUAUAAACUGACUAAACUUACAUCAGGGAGAAAUUGGUAUUUAUGCAAAAAAAAUUCUGUUUUAGUCCUUGUGAGUCCAUCUAACAUCAUAAUUAAUCAUGUGGCUGUGAACUUCACAGUAAAAUGGUUCCCGAUGAACAAGUUUACCUAGCCUGCUUUGCUUUACUGCAUGAAUGAAGCCGAUGGUUCAAUUUCAGAAGUAAUGAUUAACAGUUCUGUGGUCACAUGAUGUGCAUAUAGAUAGCUAUAGUGUAACAAUUACACUAUUUUGUGCUCAAAACAAAACAAAACAAAUCUGUGUAACUGUAAAACAUUGAACGAAACUAUUUUACCUGAACUAGAUUUUAUCUGAAAGUAGGUAGAAUUUUUGCUAUGCUGUAACUUGUUGUAUAUUCUGGUAUUUGAGGUGAGAUGGCUGCUCUUUUAUUAAUGAGACAUGAAUCGUGUCUCACAGAAACUAAAUGAACAUUUCAGAAUAAAUUAUUGCUGUAUGUAAACUGUUACCGAAAUUGGUAUUUGUUUGAAGGGUCUUAUUUCACAUUUGUACUAGUAAUUGUCAAAAGGGCCUCUUUUAAAAGCUUAUAUAAAUUUUUUUCUUUAAAUUCUAUGCAUUAAGAGUAAAAUUCCUCUUACUGUAAUAAAAACGAUUGAAGCUGACUGUUGGCAUUUAACCAUUCCAUGCAGUGGCACUUAACCUUUCUUGAAAUUUAUUUUUUUUUAUAUGUGAUUAGCACUUCCUGAUGUUUAGUAUUUUUCCACUUACUUUUUUUUUUUCUUACUCCACUGGAGUUGAUUUUAAGAAUUCAUAUUAUAGCAAUGUGAACUGCCUAGCACAGGACUGUGCAUUGAACGUAAUAGGCCCACGUAGAAUAUUUCUUUUUUCUUAAUAGAAUUCUAUACCUGAGAAAUUAAUUGUUCUUAGGUAUAAGUAGUCUCUUCCAAACCUGUCUUGGAAGGUAACUGUCUUGUCCCUUUAUCUUCUCCCUCUUGCUACUGGAUCUGGAAUGAACACCUUUUAUCACUGUAUAUGUUACAGCAAAAUUCCAGCAGUCAAGUAUAAUCAGCACUUUGCCAUGCUCAGAAAAUGCAUAUCACAUUGGAACUUCAGAGGUAGAUUUAACACUAUUAGGAUAUUCAAAAGACUAUUUAAAAACACUUGCCUGUUAAGGAAAGCUUUGUUUCUGGUGGGUAGACUUGUCGGGUGUGUGUUCCAAGUGCACCUUCCUCACAGCAGGGAGAAAAUCCUUCAUGAAGGAAGAUAAACUGAUAGACUUAUUAAAAAAUGUAAUUUAAUAUAUCUUCCCAGAAUUUGUUCUAAAUGAUUAGAGAGUAAGGAUGAUGAUAAAUGCUCACAUAGUUGUUGAAUAAAUGAAAAUGUAUUUUUAAUAAUAAAAUUCAUGCACUCUGCAUUUGGGGAAGGGAAAAGAUAUUUAGAUAUGGUGGGAUGCUGGGAAAAGGGGGUGAGAAGGAGUUAGCACAUCUACCUGGUGUCCUUGAAAUCACAUUAUGUUGUUAAUUAUCUACCACUUACCUGUGUUUAUCAUUUACAACUAAUGAUUUUUUUUUUAAGCUAAAAAUGCCAGUAAAUAAGUGCUAUGACUUGAAGUAAGGCAUUUGACUCCAAAGCCCAUACUCUUUCUACUGGACCACUUUGCAAACAUCUGAAUUACUGAUCUUUGGAAUGUAUCUACAUUUAAAUUUCUUAUCAAAUUUUAUCUGAAGGAAAGUUUGCAAGAAUAUUAAUUUUUCCUGUUUUUCUCAAAGGCUGCCUUAUCCAAUAGGGAUACAUGGAUAUGGGUCUUACUCUUCCUCUUCCUUUAGUCCUGAUUUUCUGUUUUUCUGAAUUACUGCAUACCAGUUUUUAUAAACCACUUCAGAUACUUUUAUGGAAAGAGAUGGAGUGUAAGUCAAUUCGAAUAAAAUUGCCUUUCUCAAGGAAGGAAAAAAAACAUUAUCAGUGCUGACAAUGAAGAAAGGGUGCCUUCCAUAUGCCAGAGAACUCAGGAAUUCCUGUAGAGGACACCUACCGGGAGAAGGUGCAGUCUGUUGCCACUGAGAGAAAAGUUGCUGUAUAAGACCCUCUAGUUAGAGAUAAUGGCUCUGGGUCAGUAAGGGAGCAAGUCUCAUUUCUGCUUUUAGAAGUUCACAGGGUGCUGCCAUAACUGAUAGCAGGCCAAAUAUUCCCAGUUUAUGCUUGUUACAAAUGGCAUAUAGAGCCUAGUGCUGGGGAUUAGUUGAGUUGCAAUUCCUGUUAAGAGAAGUAAGGCAGAGCCCUAUCCAGGCUUUGAACUGCAGCAAACCCAAUCCUCUCCAAGGCAGUGGUUUUCAAACUAGAGUGCAUUUGAAUCACCAAAAACGCUUAUUAAGACACAACCCCUUACUCUGAUUCUGAGUGAGGCCCCAGGAUUUGCAGUUCUAACAAGUUCUCAGAUGCCGCCACUUCUGCUGGUCUUGGAACCGUACUCUGAGAGCUUCUGUCCUGCAUGAUGGUAAAGAAUCUCCUUGAGUGACUGCCUUCAGUUCUAGCCAUUCCUCAGCCACUGGACUCAACAGCUGACAAAGUAUACAAAAAAAUAAACCCCCAUCUCCUUCAGGCAUGAAAGAUUUGAACAUCGAGUUAUACAAUCUGAUACAGCCCAUCUCAACUCUGAACAGUAGACAAAUUUACCAGAUAUCAAUGAACAGUUAAUUCUAAAGACAACGACUGUAUCUGUAGGACUGACUAAUGUUCCCUUCGGAACAGUUGUUGAAAAGGCAGUAACUUCAGCAAAUAUCUAAUUUGGAUUUGCAAUAAGAUUAAAGACACCAAAAAAGGACAAAGGAGAACUCUGAAGUGAGGGCAGACUGAUUUCAGAUGAAAGGAAAAUGUGCCUGAUUUGUUAGUAUACAGACAGCAACCAAUUAACUGUGGCAACUUGGUAUUGGAGAAUAAACUUUACAAGUUAACUUGCACCAAAAGGAAAGUUAAUGAGAGGGAAAUGAUGAAAUAAAAAAUAAACCCAAAAGGGUCAAAUUGCACCAUACAGUCAAAAAAAAUUUUCCCAUGAACUACAGACUGUCACCACAAGGUUACUGAACUGAAGGGAUACAUCUUGCUGAAGAAGGGAGCCAGUUGCACUAUAUCUGAAUUCAUGUUAUCACAGGGUUUCUUUGUAUCUAAGAUAGGAAAAUAACAGUGCCAGAAAUGCAAAAAGUAAGUUGCCAAGAGCUGCAUAUUUGAGUAGUCAGAUCAUGCAAACUUACCAAACAAAAACAAUUUUCAAAAGUCAUGGCUGAAAUAGAGUAUAUAAAUUAUUUUCUAAAUUUCUAAUUCCUUCAUAUUAUGCUGACUUCUAAAUAGUACUUUGUAGUGUUGAAACCUAUGGACUUUGACUCCUGUAAACACCAGGUCAUUUUCCUGCCAUUCUCCUAACUCUGUUCUGUGGUCUAUAAAACUAUAUUCUGGUUUUUGUUAGACCAGUGAUACUUCUUUCCACCUGUAUGUUUUUUGUGUAUUACAUUGUUCUUGGUGCUAAAUACACAUUCUUCUGAUAUUCAGGAUAACUCUUUAUAUUUGUGUCUAUUUUCUUAAGUUAUGACAAUGUUACUUUUUUAAUUAAAAAUACUCAAUGUAUGCUAGUGAAGGUGACCAUUGUAUGUAAAGCAACAUUAGUGAAAAAUAACUAUUGAGAACAUUGUUAACAUUACCUGCUCUACCUACACCACCUCUUGGAAACCAGACACUUAGCCUUACUGUUCGUCUCUGACCCACAUACCUGGUCUUUUCUCCUGACCAUGGCUACACCAGAGGCAGAUACCUGACCAUCAUUAACUGGACAGUGACCAAAGACUUGUAAGUCUCGUCCUUAAAAAAACGACAACAAAAACCAAUUUGAAAGGAGUCACAAAGGAAAUUUCCGGUUGGUGAUUGAGUGCUGGAACUGAAAGAUUUUGUAGAGUUAAGACUGAGGUCACUGUGAUUGGCAUCGUGAAGCUAAAAGAGAAAGCCAGCUGGUACAGAGAGAAGGACCAGAUAUGGGAGGAAGGUAUAGAAAGCAAGUGAGACAGCCGAGUUGGAAGCUCCUGGUGUUACCUCUGUCCCUGCCUUUUCUGGGACUACUUCUCCUUCUCCUUGUGUUUAGGGCAUUUGUGAACUUAUAAACCCACUUUGUUCCUGAAGUAACUUGAAACUAACAGAAAACUGCAUUUAGACACAUCUUGGUGAGUUUUUUAAAUCUCAGAUACAGAGAAAGCUUUCUAAAAACAUCUGUGGAAAUAGGCUGCCUACCACACAUACACAAAAAAAAGUUGGCAUCAGAUUUCUUCUCUGCAAUACUAAAUGCCAAAAAAAGAAAAACAGUGGAACAAUACACACAGCAUUUGGAAGCGAAUGGAAUAUUACGUAAGAAUUCUGAAACCUGCCAAACUAGCAUUUAAUGUACCUGGAAUACUUGUACCAUUUGGGAUUCUUACUAUAAUAGUUGUUAACAAGAAGACCUUCUUUAAAAGACAAGACGUUCAUUUAAGGUAGCUCACAAGAGCUGUAUGAAGGCAGAAAAAUCAGUCCUGGAAACUAUACAGCAGAAACAACACUCAAACUAUACUGUGAAACUGCUUCAAGUAAAGACCCACUUGCUGCCCCCGAGCCCUUGGAACCCUCUGACGCCACCCUCACCAUAAAUUGAGGUUAUAUGCAGCACUUGCUUCCUCACAGUGUUCACUUCUAGGAUUGAAGUCUUGCUUGAGUGGACGUGAUUGGCAGAAGCUGUGUCACGUGGAGCUGUGGAGUCCAGGAAAGCUCAGUUGUUUGAUUUCUCUGUUGAGGAAGCUGGAUUCGUAACACAUGAGUUCUCCAAAUCUACGAGGGGCAUUUCAAAAGCACUAGGCAACCAGAAUCCGUGGCAUGUCUCUACCGUAGUGUUCCCAUUGCCCAAGCAAUUAAAAUGAAAGGAAAAGUAUUAAGGAAACUGUGUGAACAAUAAACCUUUAAACUUGAAUAAACAUGUAAAUAAUUGUGGUUAAUCUGAUAGUGAAUCUCAGUGUGAAUAUCCAUGUGACUCAAAACUGAAAAGAUUAAAUGCUUAACAGUUUUAGUAAUCUUAAAUUCCAGGUAAUUCCAACCCAAACUGAAGAGUUACAAAGGAGAGAAGAUAGAAAAGCAUGGUAAAUUCCUAUCUUAAGUAUAGAGUAUCAAAAGAUACUAUUUUACUUUUAACUUGGAAAAACACAAAUUCAAUUUUUAAAUUUAGUGGUAACCCCAAUGUUAGAAAGAAAAAUUUCCAUCCAAAUCAUGAGUCAAAAGAGUACAAGAAAUCAAAGAACAGGGAAAAUGGGGGAGAGGGAGAAUUAGCAACAAAGAAGCAUAAAAUGACACAGUAAUACCAAAUAGUAAGUGGGCUAAACACAUAUAGUAAAAUAACCACUCUCAAGUUGGAGUCAAGUAAAAAAAUAAAAUCCUCCAACUAUAGGCCAUUAAUAAAAGGCACACUUAAAAUGAUCCAGAAUGGAUAAAACUAAAAAUAUAACCACAUUUGCACAGGCAUUGCAGAGGAAGAAGUAAAGGUAAAUUUAUGUCAGAUAAAGUAUAAUUCUGGAUAAAAGGCAUCAAGCAUAAUAAAGAUGAACAUCAGUUACGAUUUUCUUUAGAUGUCAAAUGAUAUAACAUCAAGCAUAUGAAACAAAAUUACCAACAUAAAGAAAUACUGACAAAAACCAUGGAACCAGUGAGACUGUCAGUAUUUGACAAAUGACUCGGUCUAUACAAAACAAAAGGAGAGUUAUUAUUUAAAAUCACAACUUCCUUCCAAAAAGGGUGGAUCUUGUUAAGGAAAGGGAAGAGUCUCAAAAGGUCCUUUUCUUUAGCUGAGGACCUUGAUGGGUUUGGGAUCAGUAAAGCCAAGCCUGGAGUUUGAGUGCGAGGAGGGUUAGAGCAAAUAUCAUAGGUUUGCUUAAGAGAGGCAAGAACUUGACAUUCUUGGGGUACCCGGGAAUGGGGAGUUGAAGAGCAGAGGUGAGGGAGGACAACUGGAAAGAGGAGGCAGUAAAAACCCUGGUGAUGCAGCAGCUAAAAUGAUUUUAGAAACUGAGACAUACACUACUUGAGCCAGAACCUAAGUUCUCUGCAAAACCUCUGUUUCAGUAGUAAUAUAUUCACUUGUUUUUAAUUUUCAGAAUCUUUUUUUUUAAUAAUUGCACUUAUCUUCACCAUCACCUUAUCAAUGAUUAUUUGAUUUUAGUUGUAAGUUAGAUGUAAGUGUUCACCAUUGUUCACACUUCGGUUCUUUAUGUUAAUAUAACUUGGCUUGGCUGGACUAUGCCCUUAAAUCGUUCCCCCCCCCGCCCCCGAAAAGCUAAUAUACUUUAUAAAUCCUCGCUUGUUUAAAAUUGUUUUCUUUUGUCCUCACACAAAGGGUAAUUUGAGUCACAACUUUGGUCACAAUUCUUUUUCAUCAAGACUGUUAACUUCUAAUGUUUACUGAGGCUAAGCAGUUCAAGUAUGAGUCUGAGUUCUCUUCCAUGAUAGGUAAAAACGGCCGACCUUGAUGUUUUUUGGGUUUUGUUUUUAUCCUUGAAAUAAAGCAAUUUUACUGGCGUAA